UGAACGAGAGCAUGGCACUGGCUAUUUAUAGAGUUCAUUAGACUAGAAAAAUCUCUCCUUUUCUUUCCGUGGACGUACACAUAGUUGUUCCUUCUGGAUCGUUCUUCUGCUGAAAGUUCUGGAGAAGCUUCACUGCAACUUUAUAAGUACCAGAGACAAACACAGGCUGUCCAGAGAUCGAGUGAGAGACAAAACCCCCCCCAAAAAACAUAAAAAGACAACGUGGAUAUCAAACAGGUUAUCAUGGCUCUGCUGUGUUAUAACAGAGGCUGUGGAGGGCGAUUUGAUGCUGACAAAAACUCAGAUGAUGCCUGUCAGUAUCACCCUGGUGUGCCAAUCUUCCAUGAUGUCCUAAAGGGCUGGUCCUGUUGUAAAAAGAGAACGACAGAUUUCUCAGAGUUCUUGUCAAUCAAGGGCUGCACUCGUGGGUGCCAUAGUAAUGAGAAGCCUCAGGAACCACUGCGGCCGGAGGUGACGUCUGAUAAGGGAGACAUGAUGCAGCACAGUGGAGAUGAAAUUAUCUACCAGGGACCCAAGUCAGCAGAAGCCCUGGAAAAAGAGAGACCCAGUUCAGAUGAGCCCAUGGCUAAGCUGCGGGUGAAGGUCUCUUCCUCUCUGGCUCAGAUUGUGAAGCAAAUGGAGAUCAAUGAGAGGGAGAAGAGAGAGAAGCUUGAGAGUAAAAUUGUUGUGGUUGGGGUUAAGUGCAAAAAUGCAGGAUGCAAAACAUUUUACCAGGGUCCAGAGACUGACGCAGAGAUCUGCACAUAUCACCCUGGAGUACCAGUCUUCCACGAAGGAUACAAAUACUGGAAUUGCUGUUGCAUAAAGACCACUGAUUUUAAUGACUUCCUGGAUCAGAAAGGCUGUACUGCAGGGAAACACUGCUGGAUACUCAAACAGGACAAAAAGAAGGUGGCAUGUCGGUAUGACUGGCAUCAGACAGGAAACCAGGUCGUGGUCACAAUCUAUGCCAAGAAUUCCUGCCCAGAGCAUUCCUACAUAGAGGCAAACCACACAGUGUUAACCUGCCACAUUCAGUUUGAGGGCGACAAAGUGUUUCACAAGGACAUCCAUUUAUGGGGGGUGAUUGACAUAAACAACAGCUUUGUGAACAUGGUGCCCUCUAAAGUUGAGGUGACCAUGCGGAAGGCUGAUGCUCUAGCCUGGGGUAAACUGGAGGACCCCAAACACAAACCCCAGCCAGAGGUCAACAAUGAGCCGAACAACCCAGAACAGGAGUACGUCAAACCUGACUGGGACAUCUCAGAUGAUGACAUCAGCGAGUCGGACUGGGAAGACGAGGAGGAGGAGGAGGAGAAGAAAGAGAGAGAGGAAAAGACAGAGAAGAAAGAAGAAAAAACAGAAGGUGAUUGUCCUCCUAAGCUAGAAGAGCCUGCAAAUGUCAACCUAGAAAAAUAGUUUAUUGUCCAGAUAGUUAUGGAAAUGUAAUUUAUGUAUUGUUUACAAUUAUACAUGGUAUAUUUUUUAUGAAUAUGGGACUUGAUACUUUAGUGUAUCUAGAAUUUUCUUUUUGUAUUAUUUUGUUUCUCAGACCCUGCUACCUUUGUCUUCUGAAAUCAAUGUCAUUGUGAGUUCACAUUUAAAAAACAAAGUCUUAAAAUGUUGGCCUCCAUUUUUGCACAUUACUCCAUAAAGGAUAAGUAUUUAAAGACCCAGACCUUUCAUCCUAAAUUAUUUCAAUCAGUGCAAGAUGCAGAUUUAGAAAUGACAGAGCAUUAACAAACCUAUUGACCUUGAAAAUGUACCUUUUCACUGUAGUGUAUGACAUAUUAAUAAAUAAUUAUAAUCCAAAACAUAUUAAACUAGUCUCGUUUGCUACAAAUAUUUCUGAUGUUGUUUGGGUGUGUGAAGGUAC